CAUUUCUAUUCACCUCUCUACAAACCAAAUACUAACCAUUUCCAAUCAUGUCCAUCGCCUCCAAUCCGGUCACCUUCCACCCGUCCGCCUCCACGGCCGCCUUCUCUCCCUCCUCCGCCGCCUGUUUCCAACUUUUGAGACCACUAACUCCCACUUCUCCUCUGCAAUGCAAUGCCAUCUCCAGACCUCACUUCAUAGAUGUGAUUCAGAAUGGUUUGCCAGUGAUAAAGUGGCACGAGAUUGUGGAAUAUGACGCAGAAAAAGAUUCCACAAAGAUCGGCGAGCUAGUUAACGCGGUGCGGUCGAUGCUUAGCUCGAUGGGCGACGGCGAGAUCAGCAUCUCGCCCUACGACACCGCGUGGGUGGCGCUGGUGGCGGACGAGGGGCGGCCGCGCUUCCCAGCGAGCCUCGAGUGGAUCUCGAGGAACCAGCUGAGCGACGGGUCGUGGGGCGACGCCCGAACCUUCUCCAUCUUCGACAGGAUCCUCAACACGCUGGCGUGCGUCGUAGCCUUGAGAUUUUGGGAUUCGCAUCGCGACAAAACCGACAGAGGGAUUUUGUUUAUUAAGGAGAAUGUGAAUAAGCUCGAGGAGGAGAACGUGGAGCACAUGCCGAUAGGCUUCGAGGUGGCGCUGCCAUCGCUCAUUGAAAUAGCUCAAGAACUCCAAAUUGAUGUCCCGAGUGAUACGCGAGGGUUGAGAGAGAUCUAUGCGAGAAGAGAGAUAAAGCUCAAAAAGAUUCCAAGAGACAUACUGCACCAAAUGCCAACAACAUUGCUGCAUAGCUUAGAAGGAAUGGGAGGACUAAUGUGGGAUAAGCUUUUGAAAUUGCAAAGUGAAGAUGGCUCUUUUCUCUUCUCUCCUUCUUCCACUGCUUUUGCUCUCCAACAAACCAAGGAUCAUAAUUGCCUCAAAUAUUUGACCAAACACCUCAACAAAUUUAAUGGGGGAGUUCCAAAUGUGUACCCCGUGGAUUUGUUCGAGCAUCUAUGGGCGGUAGACAGGCUGCAAAGACUUGGAGUUUCACGUUAUUUUCAGCCAGAGAUCGAGAAAUGUGUCGCAUAUGUUUACAGAUAUUGGACAGAAAAAGGGAUAUGUUGGGCAAGGAAUUCGGAAGUUGUGGACAUAGACGACACGGCCAUGGGAUUCAGGUUGCUGAGGUUGCAUGGAUACGAGGUUUCUGCGGAUGUGUUCAAACAUUUUGAGAGUGGUGGAGAAUUUUUCUGCUUCAAGGGGCAGUCGACGCAGGCGGUGACCGGAAUGUACAAUCUUUACAGAGCGGCUCAGUUGAUUUUUCCGGGAGAGAAGAUUCUAGAAGAAGCAGCAACUUUCUCUUCUAAAUUCUUGCAUCUAAAGAGAGCUAAUAAUCAGCUCUUGGAUAAGUGGAUCAUCACCAAAGACCUUCCUGGCGAGGUGGGAUAUGCACUAGAUGUUCCCUGGUACGCCAGCCUAGCCCGAGUCGAAACAAGAUUUUAUCUAGAACAAUACGGUGGUGAAGAUGAUGUCUGGAUUGGCAAAACCUUAUAUAGGAUGCCAUAUGUGAACAAUAACAAGUAUCUGGAGCUGGCGAAAUUGGACUAUAAUAAUUGUCAAGCGUUACACCAACAAGAGUGGAGAGACAUCCAAAAAUGGUACCGAAAUUUGAGUUUUGGAGAGGUCGAUUUAAGCGAAGAAAGUCUUCUACACGCAUACUACGUUGCUGCUGCUUCAAUUUUUGAGCCAGAAAAAUCAAAUGAGCGUCUCUCAUGGGCCAAAACCGCAAUUUUAAUGCAAGCUAUUACGUCGCAUUUCAACCACAACCAACUCUCUACUGAACAAAAACGUGUUUUCAUCCAUGAAUUCGAACACGGCAGCAUCCUCAAGUAUGCAAACGGAGGAAGGUACAAAACAAGAACAAAUUUGGUGGGGACAUUACUCACAAUUCUAAAUCAGCUCUCAUUGGAUAUAUUGUUGGCAAAUGGCUGCGACGUUCAUCAACCAUUGAAAAAUGCAUGGCACAAGUGGAUGAAGACUUGGGAAGGCGGCGUGAAUAGUGGGGCCGAGCUAUUGGUGCAAACGCUAAACUUAAGCGGCAGAGGGAAGUGCGGACCCGAGGAGCUACUACCAUCGCACCCGAAAUAUGAUCAGUUGUUGAAGAUUAUUGUCAGUGUCUGUGAUAAGCUUCGUCUAUUUCAAGAUCAAAAGAAUGUCUAUGGAUGCAUAGCUAGUGCCGAAGGAUUUACAACGUUGGAGAUAGAAUCCCAGAUGCAAGAAUUAGUGAAAUUAGUUGUGACAAAAUCCUCAGAUGAUUUGGAUUCCGAAAUUAAGCAAAACUUUUUAGUUAUUGCUAGAAGUUUCUAUUAUGCAGCUUAUUGUAAUCCAGGAACUAUCAAUUUCCAUAUUGGAAAAGUGCUCUUCGAAAGAGUACAAUGACAAUGUACGUGUUAAAUAUUGAUUAUAUAUUAUAGUAAUAAAUUGAGUGUGAUCA